AUGGUGGAUAAACCGAAAAUAAUCGAACACGUUUCGAAAUCUUUAGAUUACACAUUAUUCGAUGCACGAUGGAUCCCUUGCAGUGCAAGAUUUGUAGUUCUUGGAAACUUUGCACGUGGGACAGGAGCUUUGCAAAUCUACGAAGUUGCGAAGGGGGAACUAAAACUUCUGAAAAAUGACGAGAAGAGGACAGCAAUAAAAUGUGGGACAUUUGGAGCCUCAAGUUUACAACAGAGAUAUCUGGCAACUGGAGACUUUGAUGGGAAAAUGAUGAUUUGGAAUCUAGAAAACACAGAUAGGCCAGUUUAUUCUGUGAAAGCUCAUUCACAGAUAGUGAAUGCUAUUGAUGGUGUGGGAGGUCUGGGAAUUGGUGAAGGAGCACCUGAAAUAGUCACUGGGAGUAGGGAUGGAUCUGUUAAAGUUUGGGAUCCUCGUCAGAAGGACAGGCCUGUGGCUAACAUGGCACCAGCUGAAGGUGAAGAGGGACGUGACUGUUGGUGUGUGGCGUUUGGAGAUGCAUACAAUACAGAAGAACGUUCAGUUGUAGCAGGCUACGACAAUGGAGAUAUAAAGAUGUUUGACCUUAAAAAGAUGGCUGUUCAAUGGGAGACAAAUGUUAAAAAUGGGGUUUGUGGAAUUGAAUUUGACAGAAAAGAUAUCAUGAUGAAUAAGCUAGUGGCUACCACAUUAGAAUCAAAAUUCCAUGUGUUUGAUGUUAGAACACAACAUCCUGAAAAAGGAUUUGCUUCUCUUUCUGAAAAGGCUCACAAGUCCACAGUUUGGUGUGUUAGGCAUCUGCCACAGAACCGUGAAAUUUUCAUGACAUGUGGUGGAUCUGGGUCCCUCAACCUCUGGAAGUACUCCUAUCCAGACCAGAGAGUGAAAAAAGAUGCAAAAGACUUGGAUAUGGGUGUUAUCGGUUCUGUGUCUAUGUUGCAAAAUGCAAGUCUGUCAACGCAACCAAUCACAUCCUUUGACUGGAGCCCAGACAAGGAAGGGCUUUGUGUGUGUACUGCUCUUGAUCAGAGUUUAAGAGUCAUUAUCGUAACUAAGCUCAAGACUGUGUGACAUCAGUGCUGGCACCUACAUUCUCAUGAAUAACUGUCACAGAUUUUUAUUUAAGUUCAAACCAUGUCAAUAGAUUUUGUAGAGGUUCUUGGCUGUGGACUGACACAUGUAAUAAAAUUACUCACAGUUUUUUUUUUAACAUACUUCCAUUAGAUUUCUAUGAUCACACUGUCAUGUUAAAUGUUCUAGGAAUGGAGGGUCAGACAUUCUUAUUUACCUCACUUUUUGAGUGUGAUGUACAAAUUUUUUGCUUUUGAAAGUUUUGUUGGUGUAAAUAAAGAUGUUUAAUAUCUCUCACAGUCUC